AUGGCGGUAGUAAAGCCGGAGUUUAGAAUGCUCAAACAACAUAAGAAUGUCAAAGUGGUUGCAUUAAGCAAUCCUCCACAAAAUCUCAAGUUGACAUCUCUUGAUAUUCAAAAAGAUAUUGUAAAUGUGGCCACAAUUAAAACUAUCAAUGUGAUUAUUAGAGAUCUUGGUGAUGCAUUUUUUUCUAUUUUGAUUGAUGAAGCCCGUGACAUAUCAAUCAAGGAACAAAUGGCAGUUGUAAUACGAUAUGUUGACAAAAAAGGCCAAGCGAUUGAGCGUUUUAUGGGUAUUGGGCAUGUUGCUAAUACGAAUGCUCUCUCGCUCAAACAAGCUGUGGAAAAUUUAUUCUCCAGACUUGGAUUGAGUAUUUCCAGAUUGCGGGGUCAAGGAUAUAAUGGGGCUAGUAAUAUGCAAGCCGUGGCAAAGAAUCAUGAUCAAAUUGCUUUAGUUUUCACUUUGGUUUCUAAUGUGGUAAAUGUUGUUGGAGCAUCAUGUAAAUGCCGAGAUAUUGUUAGGGAGAAGCAAGCUGCAAAAGUUGCUGAGCCACUUAAUACUGGAGAGCUAUCUAGUGGGCAAGGCUUAAAUCAAGAAACUAAUCUUAAAUGUGCUGUGAUUGAUGUGCUUGAAAUGAUUUCGAAGAAUGGUUCAAAUUCAGAACAACGAGCAGAAGCAAAUGUAUUGUUGGACUCAAUUCAAUCAUUUGAGUUUGUAUUCAACCUUCAUUUGAUGAAAACGAUAUUGGCUAUUACAAAAUUUUCUUCAGUAGAGCUCAUAGUACUUAGUGAUAAACUUGAUACAUAUAUUAUCGACAUGCUAUCCAGUAUUGAGUUAUCAAGGUUGAAUGGAAUUGCCGAUCUUGCUAAGAAAAUGGUGGAGACUGAAAGAGACAAAAUAUAUCCAUUGGUGUAUUUGCUCUUGACUUUAGCAUUAAUCUUGCCUGUUGCAACUGCUACUGUUGAGAGGGUAUAUUCAACUAUGAAUAUUGUGAAGAAUCGAUUGCGGAACCGAAUGGGUGAUGAAUGGAUAAAUGAUAGCUUGGUUGUCUACAUUGAGAGAGAGAUUUUUGAUGGUAUUGACAAUGAUACUAUCAUGGAAAGAUUUCAAAAGAUGAAAACUCGCCGGGGUCAAUUGUAA